AUGGCGACAUCUGAAUGGAUUCAGUUUUUCAAGGAAGCCGGGAUCCCCCCAGGCCCUGCUGUCAACUACGCCGUCAUGUUUGUGGAUAACAGGAUCCGGAAGAACAUGUUGAUGGAUCUGAACAAGGAGAUCAUGAAUGAGCUGGGCAUCACGGUGAUUGGAGACAUCAUCGCCAUCCUCAAACACGCCAAAAUCGUGUACCGGCAGGAGAUGUGCAAGGCGGCCACCGAAUCCCUCUGCCCCAGCUCCCCCAACGUUCCAGCCGAGCUGCACCGCAACACCAGCAGCGCCGCCAGCCGGAUGAUCGCCAACAGCUUGAGCAGAGACUCUCCUCCCGCCGCCCCGCUCCGACAGCGGCCCCACGCCUCCAAAAUCUCCGUUACCGUCUCCAACAAACUGGCCCGCCAAGGCAGUCACGACGCGGCAGACAAAAAUCCAACGAUCCCAGUAAAACGCCGCCGCGUGACGGCAGAAAUGGAAGGGAAAUACAUCAUCAACAUGCCCAAGGGCACCACGCCGAGGACGAAGAAAAUCCUGGAGCAACAAGCAGCCAAAGGUCUGCAGAGGACAUCCGUCUUCGACCGGCUGGGAUCGGAGGCAAAAGCCGACACAACCACGGGAGGGAAGCCCACGGGGGUCUUCAGUAGACUGGGUGACACCUUGGGGACCGAUGGGGACAAAGCCACCGAUAGCGAUGACGACUGCUCUGUCCUCCAGUACGCCGGCGUCCUAAAAAAACUCACCAAACCCCCCCGAAAGGAAAGCACCGAGCCGGGAGGGACCGUCAAGGUGAAAGCCACCAGUUCGGAAGCAAAACCCGUCACCGCUGCCACCAUCCAGCGGCUCGGUCACAGGAACACCGCCGGUGUCCGUACGGCGGCAAAACCGCCACCAGCAGCAUCCAAAAUCGGUGUCGUCGGUAUCGCCGCAGCACCGGUGGAAGCGCAGGACGGCGACGUCACCAGCACGAAGGAUAAAAACGUCCAAAAUCGGUGUCGUCGGUAUCGCCGCGGCGCCGGUGGAAGCGCAGGACGGUGA